AUGACUGGCGACAAUGUCAAGUUGCAUCCAGAUUACAAGCACUUCGCGUCCAUCCCAUGGUGCGCAAAAAUCCUCAGCCAAUCCGACACUGCCUCCCACGUAGUCCAAGUCUCCCAAAACAGAACAGUCCUCCCGACAAGAGAAAACUCAUACGUUGGCGGGACUCUCAACACACCAGAAACCAUCAAAGCAUGGUUGAUCAUACACCCAAAGCCGCAGGGCCCCGAUUGGAAAGUCGAUGAGUUGUGCUCCCUCAUCACCUUCGACCAUGGCACGAUUGGGUUUCCCGAUACGGCACACGGAGGUGUCGUUGCCUUGGUGCUGGACGAAGUCACGGGUAUACACAUUGUCGCACAGAGACCGACAGGAGCCGAGCCCAACAAAGACUUCAGAACCGGGUACUUGAACACAUCAUUUCGCGGGCCCGUUCCGGCGCCGGGAACAGUCUUAGUGAGGUCCAGGAUAGCCAAGGUCGAGGGCCGGAAACACUUCGUUGCUGCGCAAGUAGAGGAUGAGAAUGGCAAGGUGCUGGCAACAGCGGAGGUUCUGUACAUCUCAAUCACGAACAAGUUAUGA